AUCUCUCAUUCCCAGAUGUGUGCUGCACCAACUGUUCCGGCAAACGGAGAUAUCACGACUUCAACUCACCAGCCCUGUGCAAAAGCACUUUUUAAUUAUGAAAGGAAAGAAGCAAGAGACCUUAGUUUCAAAAAAGGAGAUAUGAUAAUCCUUCGUAAGAAGAUUGACUCCAACUGGUACCAAGGUGAACUUAACAACCAGAUAGGCUUCUUCCCUGCAUCUUAUGUUCAGGUUAUCAAUCCACUACCAAGCCAUAUACCCCAGUGUAAAGCUCUCUAUGACUUCAAGAUGACUAAUGAUGAAGAGAGAGAUUGCCUCACUUUUAACAAGGGUGAAAUCAUCACCGUCUUGCGACGAGUGGAUGAGAACUGGGCUGAAGGUAAGCUGGGUUCUCGAAUUGGAAUAUUUCCACUCUCCUUCGUUGACCUUAACAGUGCAGCAAAGGCUCUUAUGAAGCUUUCCCUCAA